CCCGCACCUUCGCACCUGCCGUACGCACAACCUCUGUCCGCAAACCGGUCACACAUCACCACGUAGCGCCAGGAACAACUGGCUGGCGUCUCGUCACAUUGGAUAGAGAAAGAGCCUGAAGUUACACCAGAGCUGGGUUCAGUGGUCUACGAGAAGCACGCAAUGGCAGAGGCCGCAGCCACAACGCCAGAGACCCCGCCAUGGUGGGCGGCCUUUCCCGCUCCCAAAGCCAAGUCACCGGAAAUCGAGGCAAAUGAGGUGAUGGGGUUGCUUGAGGCUCAAGCUGCGGCUGGUAACGACACAUCCCGAGAUUUCCUGCUCGUUGAUGUGCGCCGGAACGACUUUGAAGGCGGCACCAUCUCAACGUCCAUCAACUUUCCAGCCCAAUCCCUCUAUCAGACAAGAACAAUCAUUCAUCAGCUGUGCAAACAGGCUGGUAUCAAGCGUGUUGUAUUUUACUGCGGAAGCAGUAAUGGCCGUGGUCCCAGGUCAGCGAAUUGGCUGCAGGACUAUUUCAACGAGAUCGGCGAAACAACCGUGCAGGCCGUCAUCCUCAAAGGCGGCAUCAAGGGCUGGGUUCGUAGGUAUGGCGGCCGUAAGAUGGACUGGUAUGACGAGAAGACCUGGGCCGGUCUCGACAAAUAGACACGCCCCGCUCCGUCCCGGCCUAUGGUAGGCUGCACAUUC